UUUACCUGUUUAAACCUUUAUUGGGUCAGACCCACUGACACAGUCGGUGUGAGGUUAAUCGCGCCUGUCCCUCCCAAUAAUCAGACGCCACUUGUUCAAUGUGCCCUGCUGAACGUCAGGGAUUAAGCUUAAUAAGCCUCCACCGUCUGCCACAGGUGGUAGCAUAUGUCUUAGCACGAAUGUAGUCCUUAACCUCAGGUAUUUUCGCGGACUAUGGACAUACUUUGUUGCCUGCUGGUUAUAGCUGUGUUGAUCGUUCAGUCGUAUGAAACUUUUGCUCAAUGUUUACGCGGUUGUAGCUGUGUAGAAGACCGUCAUGGAAGGUCGCUUGUUUGUAUGGAGGAGAGCGCGUUUGGGGCCAUACCAGAGAACCUUCCAGAUGAUAUGACCAAGAUCCGAAUCGAAAAAUCUCACUUCACUGAAAUACCCAGAGGAGCUUUCUCAAAAACACCCGCCUUAGAGAACUUGUGGUUGAACUUUAAUGACAUUACAGUGAUAAACUCAAAGGGCCUCGAAGGUUUGAGCAACUUAACCGAGCUGCGUCUGCAGGGGAACAAACUGCGUUCAGUACCAUGGACAGCGUUCGAGGACACACCGGCCCUCAAGAUACUGGACUUGAAGCACAACCAGCUGGACGUCCUGCCGGAACAUGCGUUAAAAUAUCUGCCGGGUCUGACAUACUUAGACUUGUCUUUCAAUCGACUCACGGUCAUAUCCAAGGAGGUCUUCCAAAACUGGCCUCUGUAUCAAAAACUGCAGAGCAUGGAGGAGCGGGAGGCGAGCGUUUCAGGCCCGAACGUCGUCCUGGCGCUCCACGACAACGCCUGGCUCUGCGACUGCCGGCUGAAGGGCUUCGUGGAAUUCAUCAGGUCUCUAAGCCCCCCGAUUAUUCUGAUGAACUCCUACUUGACCUGCUCAGGGCCGGACUUUAGGGCGGGAAAGUUCUUCCACGAGGUCGAGCUGCAGGCGUGCGUAAAACCCAUCGUGUCCACUGUGUCCGAAAACAUCAGCCUGCCCCUGGGAGCAAACGUCACCCUACGCUGCCUCGCAAAGGCCCGGCCGGACCCGACGGUGUGGUGGACAUAUGGUCUGAAGAUAAUCAGAGGAUUUCAUGAGUCUGAGGAGAGAGUGGAUGAAGACACCAUCAGAUCUCUGUUAGUAAUCCCCUCCCUGCAUGCAGCAGACCGCGGCGUCUACACCUGCACUGCUGUCAACUUUAUUGGGAACUCCUCAGUCAGCAUCCAGUUAGACGUGCGCUCUCCUGGCGGCUCCCAGUCUGCCCUUCUGCCAGGCGUCCCUGCUCCAUCCUCUGCUCAGGAUGAAAACGUCUACAUUGACAUCCGCAUUGCUAAACAGACAGUGCGUGGUAUCUCCAUCGAGUGGUUUGCUGCCCUGGACCACCCAACUGAGACCUGGUUUACCAUCCACUUUGGCCGUGUGGAGGUUGAUAAGAAAGAAAUGAUUUACAUAGGACCAGGGAUCCACUCUUACUCCGUCUCUGAUCUGAUUCCUGCCACCAAAUAUGAAAUCUGUGUCACCCUCAAGAACCAGACACCACGUCCCGGCCAGUGUAUAGUGUUUGUGACAGGAAGUGACAUCACAGAGAUGGAACAGAGGGAGAAGCUGAUUCACAUAGUGGUGAUAGUUUUAGCCAUGGUGCUGGCUGUACCUAUAGGUAUGUACGCCUGCACAACAGACACUAAGUUCGCCUGCCUGGAGGUGAUCAUGCAGACCUGGAAGAACCGGCGGAGAGACAGCGGCCCAACAGGGAUUGAGCGGGAGCGACAGGGCACCUUCGACAGCCUGCAGGCAGCCAGCGACGAGGGCCUGGUCAAUAAAGAUUCCUCUGAGGACAGGAAGGUGAGAAGGAGGUCAGAUGACAGACCACAUAAAGGCAAAGCUGAUCAGAGCAGAAUCACAGCUGAACUGUAUUGAAUAUUCUUUAAAUCAACAACAAAGGAAAUCAUCAAACUGAUCUUGUAAUGAAGCAAUCACUCUGUGAUUCUUUUGGAAAUCAGACUAGAUAAAACAUAUCUGUGUGUUUAUAUAACCUUUAUAUUGAGAACAAUGUCAUCAUUUCCUGCCUUGGUUUUAAUCUCAUCUCUUCCUCUGUUCUAGGCCGAGGAGUUUGUUGCAAAGAUGUGAAUGAUGACCGUUAUGUCAAGAGUGUAAUUCAAGGAUUUGCACCACUGUAGAGAAUGUGCUGCAGUCGGUUUCUGUAUGACAUUUCUCUCUUUAUCAUCAUGUGUGAUCAUGCAAUGAGUUUCAUAUACUAAUAUCUGCUGUGUAUGAAGCUUUUCGAUCCAUCUAAAUGAAGGAAUUCUCUCAAUUACUUCUGAAAAUUACAUUUUUUUUAAGUAUUUCAGUAGAAUAUCCAUAGUUCAUCUCCUGUUUGUUAUUCUGUGUUAGUGAUUUAACACUGUUUUAUAUAUUUAAAUGUGUGCUUAUUCAUCAGACCAUUCAUUGUUCUGUAUCUUUUGGCUCAACAUUUGGAACAUCUUUUAUCAGUCAAUGUAACACAAUUGGCGAAAAGGAAAAUCUUAAUAACCAGACGCUGAGUUUGUAAGAUAUUAUGUCUGUAGUCAUGUCGUUAUUAAAAAUAGUUUAACAAGGUUAAACUGGUAAAUAUUAAGCUGUAUAAAUACAUGAUGUAUAUGUUGUUAAGAUAUAUUGAGAUGAUGUAUUGCUCUUCAAAAACGCAAGAAGAUGUAACAUGUAUCAGUGUAUUUAAGUGAACAUGCAU